UCAGAACGUUGAGUCAAACAGGCAACACUUUCAACGAUGAUUUAUGUAAAAUCUCCAGUAGAAUGAUGGCAAGAUGAAGGUAUAGUCCUCCAUGUCCGACUAUUCCAGGAGUUGAGAGUUUAAUUAAAUCGAUGUUUGUAUUUAGUGAUAUUACUGCACAAUGUGGUAUGGUGGAACAUUGAAUGCCCAGUUUGGUAACUUCGUGGACAUUUCGUGCUGAGAGAGAAACCUGACCAAUGUGUUCGCUGCCUUCCAAGUUUCAUGUUCAAACCUUGGACGCAUAUUCGGCGGUUUGAUAAGGAGACGGAGUAGACACAGUCCGAGAGGCGGCACGUUUGGUGAUUUCGGUUCACAAAUCGUGUGGAUGUAUGAGACUUCUUUAUUGCAACGUGUCGUUCAAGAGAAAACGAUGUGUUUUCCUACUGGAUGAAUUUGAUAUUCAUGGACGGAAACACAUCCAGUCCUACUUUUCCAAGAGUCUUCUUGAAGCACAGGGGAAGAUAUAAGUAGGGCAGCAUAAGAGCAUGGCUGACUGUCUGGACUAUUUCAGCGCAGCUCAGUUCAGACAAGAAUCGGCUUCCUAGCCGUCGCUUCUUAACCAGGGGCCAAGCCCCCCUCCGACACAUUCCUCCUUCACCACCUUCUCUCUCCCCUCCUCUCUGAGAUCAAUGCUCCAUUAUUUAUAUAAUGGGAUGCGUCAAAUCCAAGAAGAGCGAUCCGAUCCAGUACGCCAACUCGGUGAAGACGGACAGCAAUCCUGGGAAGUGGCAGGGCGAGAACGCGCUGCUGGUACACUAUGAGACGGGGUCCGCGGACGACUCUGCCCGGGUGGACCCCAUUCUGCUGGAGUAUGCCCACAGGCUGUCGGAGGAGAUAGUGGCCCGGGCCGUGCAGCAGUGGUUGGAGGUGGACAGCCGCUACAUUGACAUCCCCUACAUUGAGUGUGAUGUGCCAUGA